UGAUUCCGGUCUUCUACUGUACCCUGCUGACUUUGACUUCGAUAGAUCAUCAGGUGGCCAUUCACCGAGUGUGCUCGGAGGCUCUUCAAACUGGUCUCAGAGCAGCCGGGGGUCGGGUUUCAGGACCGCGGCCAGCUCCCAGCCUCCUCCUCUUCUCCUCGGGCGGCAGAGCUGCAGCACAACGCUUCCUCCUGUUGUCCCUCCCUGUGACCCCUCCCCCUUAAUAUCAGCUCUCAUGAUAAACCCCUCCUAUGUGUCACCGUCUGCUAGACUUGAAAGGCUUGGGAAGGCAACCAAACAGACUCUACAACACUUUCAUCUUUAUUUCUUGCUGAGCUGAUUUGACCGCGGUCUUUUCUCCUCCAGAGGUGAUCAUCAGUCAGUUCUCCGUCUCCACAGCUGCUUCCCCUGGGUCUCUCUCUCCCCCGGGUCUCUCUCUCUGUGGCUCCCUGACGCUGAUCUGCAUCUUUUCCUACUUUUGCAGUUUUACCUUUGCAGCGGCAGGUAGCUGUUAUUCGCCAUCCAAGGCUCGGAGACAAUGUUGGACCCGUCUUCCAGCGAGGAGGAAGGGGAUGAGAUAGUGGAGGUGGAGCGCAAAGAGGUGGCAGCCCCGAAGAGCGCCGGGGGAGCCCGGUUGUCACCGGGCCGAGCCUCCGACGGCCACGCCGUCGGGGGGCUCCAGCCCCGGUGCCGUGGGAGUGGCGGCGGUGGCGGCGGCGGUGGUGGUGGCGGCGGCAGCGCCCGACCCUCCAGCCCCAGCCCGUCAGUGGGCAGCGACAAGGAGAAGGAGGACCUGGAGAAGAUGCAAAGAGAGGAGGAGGAGAGGAAGAAGAGACUCCAACUGUAUGUGUUUGUGAUGCGCUGCAUCGCCUAUCCGUUUAACGCGAAGCAACCUACCGACAUGGCCAGGAGGCAGCAGAAGAUCAGUAGGCAGCAUCUGCAGACCGUCAAAGAGCGUUUUCAGGCGUUCCUAAACGGAGAAACCCAGAUCGUUGCUGAUGAAGCCUUCAUCAACGCUGUCCAGAGCUACUACGAGAUCUUCCUGAAAAGUGACCGUGUGUCCAGGAUGGUGCAGAGCGGUGGUUGCUCGGCCAGCGAUUCCCGGGAGGUUUUUAAGAAGCACAUUGAGAAGCGGGUACGCAGUCUGCCUGAGAUUGACGGCCUGAGUAAAGAGACAGUGCUGAGCUCCUGGAUCGCCAAAUUCGACACCAUCUACCGAGGAGAAGAAGACCCCAGGAAGCACCAGCAGAGAAUGACGGCCAGUGCCGCCUCUGAGCUCAUCCUCAGCAAGGACCAGCUGUACGAGAUGUUCCAGCAGAUCCUGGGCAUCAAGAAGUUUGAACACCAGCUCCUCUAUAAUGCCUGCCAGCUGGACAACCCUGAUGAGCAGGCAGCACAGAUCAGAAGAGAGCUGGACGGACGUUUGCAGAUGGCAGACCAGAUAGCUCGGCACGGUGGAAGGUUUCCUAGGUUUUCCUCCAGAGAGAUGGAGGCCAUGUACAUUGAGGAGCUGCGGUCCUCGGUUAACCUGCUGAUGGCCAACCUGGAGAGCAUGCCUGUGUCCAAGGGAGGAGAGUUCAAGCUGCAGAAGCUGAAGCGAGGUCACAACGCCUCCAUCAUGGACAUGGGCCAGGAGGACGAGAAUACGCUGUCCAAGUCUGACGUGGUGCUGUCCUUCACCCUGGAGGUUGUCAUCAUGGAGGUCCAGGGUCUGAGGUCCUUGACUCCAAACAGGAUUGUUUACUGCACCAUGGAGGUGGAGGGAGGACACAAACUGCAGACGGACCAGGCUGAGGCCUCAAAACCUACUUGGGGUACCCAGGGGGACUUCACCACCACGCAGCCGCUCCCUGCUGUGAAGGUGAAGCUGUUCACUGAGAGCACAGGAGUAUUGGCUCUGGAAGAUAAGGAGUUGGGGAAGGUUGUACUCCACCCAACUCCCAACAGUCCCAAGCAGUCGGAGCUCCACAAGAUGACAGUGUCCAAAGGCUGUCCAGACAAUGACCUCAGGAUCAAACUGGCCAUUCGCAUGGACAAACCACAGAACAUGAAGCAUUGUGGGUACCUUUGGGCCAUUGGCAAAAUCUUGUGGAAAAGAUGGAAGAAAAGGUACUUUGUGCUGGUUCAGGUGAGUCAGUACACCUUUGCAAUGUGCAGCUACAGAGAGAAGAAGGCUGAGCCUGUGGAGCUGCUCCAGUUGGAUGGCUACACAGUGGACUACACGGACCCCCAGCCAGGGUUAGACGGCGGCCGGACGUUCUUCAACGCCGUAAAGGAGGGCGACACGGUGAUAUUCGCCAGCGAUGACGAGCAGGACCGGAUCCUUUGGGUGCAGGCUAUGUACCGAGCCACGGGCCAGUCACACAAGCCGGUUCCUCCCACUCAGGUCCAGAAGCUCAACUCAAAGGGUGACACAGCACCGCAGCUUGACGCACCAAUAUCUCAGUUCUAUGCUGACAGAGCCCAGAAGCACGGAAUGGACGAGUUUAUUUCAGCCAACCCAUGUAACUUUGACCACGGCUCGCUGUUUGAGCUGGUACAGCGCCUCACAUUGGACCACAGACUCAACGACUCGUACUCCUGCCUGGGCUGGUUCAGUCCCGGGCAGGUGUUUGUCUUAGAUGAGUACUGUGCUCGCUACGGCGUUCGAGGCUGCCAUAGGCAUUUAUGUUACCUGAGCGAUCUGCUGGAGAGAGCGGAGAAUGGAGCCAUGAUCGACCCCACCCUGCUGCACUACAGCUUUGCCUUCUGUGCUUCCCACGCACAUGGAAACAGGCCUGAUGGUAUCGGCACGGUGACUGUGGAGGAGAAGGAGCACUUUGAGGAGAUCAAGGAGAGGCUACGGGUGCUUCUAGAGAACCAGAUUACACACUUCAGAUACUGCUUUCCGUUUGGACGGCCAGAGGGAGCGCUGAAAGCAACUCUGUCGCUGCUUGAAAGGGUCCUGAUGAAGGAUAUCGUUACUCCGGUUCCUCAAGAGGAAGUCAAGGCUGUGAUCCGUAAGUGCCUGGAGCAGGCGGCUCUGGUCAACUACCAACGCCUGUCAGAGUACGCCAAACUUGAAGGGAAAAAGAGAGAGAUGUAUGAGCAUCCUGUCUUCUGCUUGGCGUCUCAAGUGAUGGAUUUAACCAUUCAGAACGUAGGCCGGUUAGUGACCCCUGCUAAAAAACUGGAGGACAAUAUUCGUCUUGCCGAGCUGGUGAUUGAGGUGCUUCAGCAGAAUGAGGAACACCAUGCUGAGGCCUUUGCGUGGUGGUCAGACCUGAUGGUGGAGCAUGCCGAGACCUUCCUGGGCCUUUACUCGGCCGACAUGGAUGCAGCUCUUGAGGUUCAGCCACCCGACAGCUGGGACAGUUUCCCCCUCUUCCAGCUGCUAAAUGACUUCCUGAGAAUGGACUAUAACCUGUGCAACGGAAAGUUCCACAGACACCUGCAGGACUUGUACGCCCCUCUGGUGGUGCGAUAUGUGGACCUGAUGGAGUCCUCCAUCGCUCAGUCCAUUCACAGAGGCUUCCAAAGGGAAUCGUGGGAACCUGUCAAGAGUAUAACAAGCAAUCUGCCCAACAUCAACCUCCAAAUGCCCAAAGUAUCAAAUCUAACAGUACAAAGUGUUAACCUCCAACAAAUGCCCAACUUCUCUGCACCCGACUGGAUGACAGCUAAUUCUGACUCAGAUAACGGCUCAGGGACGUCUGAGGAUCUCUUCUGGAAGCUGGAUGCUCUGCAGACUUUCAUCAGAGAUCUCCACUGGCCAGAGGAGGAGUUUAGCAAACAUCUGGAGACCCGACUGAAGCUGAUGUCCAGUGACAUGAUCGAAUCAUGUGUGAAACGGACACGGGCAGCGUUUGAGGCGAGGCUUCAGAAGAGCAGCCGGGCCACAGACUUCCGUGUGCCCCAGUCCAUCUGCACUAUGUUCAAUGUCAUGGUGGAUGCCAGGGCCCAGACAGCCAAGCUGUGUGCCGUAGACCUGGGCCAGGAGAGACAAUAUCAUUCCCAAAUUGAUGACCUGAUUGAAGAGACGGUGAAGGAGAUGAUAACGCUCUUAGUAGCUAAGUUUGUGGUCAUCCUCGAGAGUGUGUUAGCCAAGCUCUCCAGAUAUGAUGAGGGAACACUCUUCUCUUCAUUCCUAUCUUUCACAGUGAAAGCUGCCUCCAAGUAUGUGGAUGUACCUAAGCCAGGGAUGGAUGUUGCAGACGGUUACGUGACAUUUGUCCGUCACUCACAGGACAUGCUGAGGGAGAAGGUCAAUGAAGAGGUGUACAUCGAGAGAUUAUUUGAUCAAUGGUACACCAGUACUAUGAACCUUGUAGGAACAUGGCUGACAGACAGAAUGGACCUGCAGCUCCAUCUGCAUCAACUCAAGAUUCUCAUCAGGGUUGUCAAGAAAAAGUACCGUGACUUCCGCCUUCAAGGGGUUUUGGACUCUACGUUGAACAGUAAGAUGUACGAGACGGUGAGAAACCGGCUGACGUUGGAAGAAGCCACAGCCUCAGUGAGAAAAGGAGGGAUGCAAGGCAUUUCCAUGAGGGACAGUGAUGAAGAUGAAGAUGACUAGAUCAAAGAGCCUGAAACUACAAGAACGUUUGCAGCAGUACUCUGCCCGAAAACCCAUGCAGCCUUUCUGAGAGUCAAAAGAGAUCAUUCAACUUUACCCAUUAUCUGCUCCUUCCCUUAUUCACUCCUGUUAUGACUCCACAUUCUGUCAGAAUUGAUUCAGGAAUGAAAUGCAUUGUGUGUCUUAACUUCAAUAUACAGGGCUUGUAAUUCAUGCUAUUCAAAUCACACACCUUUAACUGAGACAUCCACAAAUGUCCAGAAGAUUGUAACAGGAGAACACCCUGCCAAAUGAAUUAGAUGAACUAAAAGGUUAAAAACAGGCAGGAGAAUGCAUCUAUGUGGAUUCCAUUUGUUCAAGGCAUGAAAAAACAUUAUGUAAUUGUAAUUCGUGAAAGUGAAAUGAUGUUGAUGUUGUUGUUUUUAAGCCAGCUAACAAAUGCCUGAUGAACAUUUCACUCCAGAAGUCCCCUUGUGGUUGAUCCCAAUGGAGCUACAAACAACAGAAUUAAGAUAUCAACAAAUAAUAUCAUUAUUAAUAAUUCCAAAAUUACCACGGAAUGUUCUCAAGCAAUAUGGGUGACUAUUUAGUUCUCAACUCAACUGAGCGUGGUACCUUUCUUUGUGUUAUGCUAAACAACGUGAAGUAACUGGCUGUAAAAGUUUGAAUAUUGUCUAAUAUUACUUUUUUUGCAUCGAGCCUAAACCAUAAAAGCUAAACAGAAUGUUCAAAAUGAUGUGCUGUGAUAUGACGUGAUAGUAAUGGUUUUUUUACGUUCUCAGGCGUGUUUCUCUAACAGUCAAAACAACUGUCGGUCAGCAGAUGGAAUCCAAGGCAUUGUAGACUAUUGAGUCAUUCUAGUUAAUUAGUGCCUAAAGUAAAUAGAAUUUUUUUUAAACUUCUAGGGGAUCAUACGGAUUGGUCAUCGGUCAGCUUUAAACUCUGAAUUAUUCUCAAGCUGUCUAAAUUGUUCUAGGUGGUAGCAUGUGUGAAGCAUUGUUUGUCAGUAGCUCAUCCUCUAUAAACAGAUUAAUGCAGAAGAAUGGAAGUAUUCUGCUUUCCGUCGUAGCAGGUUAACAGCCUGUGUGGAGAGCAAAGGAGGCAGAAUGCAGAGCCAGAAAAGCAUUCCACAGAAUGUCUGAUGACGGUUCUUUUCAAACCGUCUUGUCGUAGUCGUCUCUUGACUGCAGUCUAGAUUGGCAGGUUGCUUUCAGUGGGACCGUAAGUAAAUGUCAAAGGAAAAUCUUGGUGCAAACGCCGUCUGUCUGUAUCGGCCUAUCCACAAGGUACAGCAACACACAACACAACACAUUUAAAGAUCAGGUAUGAUGGAAGCAAAGUUCAGUAUGUCUGGAAAAAAGGGGAAACGUACUUGGCUCUCUUUGUCACUGCUCUCGAUCUGCUCCACUGAUUUACUUUAAAGACCAUAUGCAGUGUUGAGGUAGUGCAGUCUAUCAGCCCGGCACAACUAACACUAACCUAAAUUGUUUUAGGUAAAUAGACUCAGUUGCCAGUCUGUGAGGUCAGUAAAGUAAAACGACAAUGCAUUUUAUGGAGAGCAUAAUGCUCACAGCAAAUUUCCCAUUAAAUAUUUUUGAAUAGUCUGCUGAAUAUGGUUGCCCCCUUUAUUUAAAAAAAACACUAACGUCUGAUUAAGUAACACAAAGACAUCAGUUCACAAGCUCAUAAUAACCCCUAAGUACAUCAAGAUUACUUUCAUGAGGGGAAUUUGUGCACAGUACAUCAAGUGAAGGUAUACAAAAAGUGAAAAUAUCUUGUUUCGCUAUAUUUUGUGCAGUGAAUUUGAAGCAAGGCUUUUGAAACAAUGAGGUUACAAUCUUAAGGCAUCACGCUUCGGCUCUGACGAUACAUAUUACUCUGCUAACAAUUCCACUAGUUCUUCCAUUAGAGAAUGAGAAAGCUGUAGGAAUCCUCAAGAAGGUGUUACUAACUGAACAAUAUUUGUCAAAGUGUUGCAUAUGAAUCUUUCAGUGGAAACACAGGCUUCUGCAAAUGUUGGUACUUUGAUUUUCACAUCGAUCUAACCUUUGACAUUCUGCUGUCUUCAUUUUCUUUGAUAAAUGAGUUAGCAAGGCAAUUAACAGUUUGUUGUCUAUUGAAGUCAAAUACUAGUAUACUAAAUAAUAGUUUUGUUGCCACGUUCUUUUAUGUGCCCUGCACUUCACUCCAGGAUGUGUGACGAGUCAAAUCCACAUUUUUCUAAUGGAUUAUGGGAGGUGAAGUGUGCACAUGCUUUGUUCCUCUGUUUUCUAUACUGUACACCUGAGCUGUGUGUCGCCCGUCGUGCAGGUACUACACGUCCCCGGUAUUGUUAUUUGUUGUUACCGCUGGGUUCAUCUUGUUUCUACCUUAGAGGAUAAAUAAAGGGGAAUGGCAAAUG